AUGACACAAAAGAAAACUAAGUCAAGGAUUAAGAAAAGUAUAGCCAAGGAGCAAAGCACGUCUGGGCAAUUUAUCAGCGAAAGGGAGCAGUACCUGCAGAAGGAAUAUGCCACCCUGACAGAGCAUAUCAAGACAUAUUCAGAUCGAGUGGAUCACUUUCAGGAUGAAAAUGAAUUCCUGGACAAGGAAGCCCAGGAGAUCCGAGAAAACAACAAAGCUUACCUUGCCUAUUUAGCCAAACGCACCCUCUGGUGCCAGAAUGCCAUCAUUACCUUAAAUGACCAGAACCGUUCAGAUCUGGCAUAUGUCCUAAAGCAGAAGGAUGAGCUAACUUCUCAGUACACAGACAAAGAGAAAGAGGUAAGGAGCCAGCUGAUUGAGAUGGAGACCAAGUACUCCCUCAUGAACAAGGAAAUUGAUGAAUUGAGGCCCUUCAAGGAGCUGCAGUCAGAGCAGCUAGCCCAUAUCCGGGAACUGGAGAAAGUCCUGCUGGUCAUGAAAAUCCACCAUUCAGAACAAAUGCACAAGGUUAAGAGCCAAUUUCUGCAACAGAAGGCAGAAUAUGAAAUGGAGUCCCAGCAGAGAGUCCAAGCUUUGGCCAAAAAGGCUGAGAAAGAGGCCGUGCGCAGUCUAAUCCAACACACCAAGCAGAUAAAAGCUGAAAAUUGGAGACUGCGCAAUGAGCUGAUGAACCUCAUCAAGAGAGCCCAGGGCCUAAAAGCCAUUGUGCAUCAGCUCCAGGAGCAGAACGAACAGCUUCUUCGGGAGCUCCAGUAUGGUAAAGAUCUGGCCCAUAUGCAUCGCUGGCUAACUCAACAAAAGCGAUCAAGGUGCAAGACCGGUCUGUCCACUAGGACUAAGCUGGGAGUUGCUCUCCAACCACUCAUGAACAAAAGCCCAGAAUCUCCUACAAGUAUCCAAGUGGCAGCAGAAAAACAAUCAACAACUCAGAAGACCAGUGUGGGAGAAACCAUUAUGCUCCCUGGCACAAAGUUCCCAUAG